CGCCGAGGCCAACGCUAUUAAAGAGCGCAUGCGCGCCCGGAGCCUCUGCUCUGCUCUGCUCCCCACCCUCUCUUCCUCGCUUUCCCCUCUCCCUCCUUUCCUUCCUCCCUCCCUCCUUCCUUCCCUCCCUCCCUCUCUCUCUCUCUCUCUCUCUCUCUUUUUCUCUCGCUCUCUCUGUCUUUCCCUGCCGGCUGGGUGCUGAAGUUGGGCGGAUGGCAGCAAACCAGCUCCGCUAGGGACCAGCUGCACCAGCCUUUUCCCCGGGAUCGUUCAGUGCCAAGCACACACCACCAGGCGGGGGUGGCCACAGGGGUGCUGAAGUAGCUGAGAUGAGAAAAAGGCAACAGUCCCAAAAUGAAGGAACAUCGGCUGUGUCUCAAGCUCCUGGAAACCAAAGGGCCAACAACACGUGUUGCUUCUGCUGGUGCUGUUGUUGCAGCUGUUCAUGCCUCACUGUUAGGAAUGAAGACAGAGGGGACAGCACAGGAAGACCAACACACACAAGCAAACUGGAGAGCAUCCAGGUCAUCGAAGAGUGCCAAAAUCCCACCCCUGAUGAAAUUCUAUCUUGGGCUCAGAAUUUUGACAAGAUGAUGAAAACAGCAGCCGGUAGGAAUAUUUUCAGAGAAUUUCUUCGAACAGAGUAUAGCGAAGAGAACCUCCUAUUCUGGUUAGCAUGUGAAGACCUGAAAAAAGAACAGAACAAGGAUGCUAUUGAAGAAAAAUCCAGACUUAUAUACGAAGACUACAUCUCUAUACUAUCGCCAAAAGAGGUUAGCUUAGAUUCACGGGUGCGAGAAGUGAUCAACAGAAAUUUGUUGGACCCCAACUCUCAUAUGUAUGAAGAUGCUCAACUUCAAAUCUACACAUUAAUGCACAGAGACUCUUUCCCUAGGUUUUUGAACUCUCAGAUCUAUAAAUCUCUUCUCGAAAGUACAAGGAGCUCUACUUCUGAGACUUAAAAAUAAUUUGGGGGUUUGAAAUCUUGAUUUAGCUUUUGGGGAAUGGGUGGGGUAAGGACUAUUAGGAUGAAGACAGACGUAAAAUUUUUAAAGCAACAGGGCUGCUCUGGAAGCACCUUCACUGCAUUUAGUCCAAAAUGUACCCUUCCCCUCCAGAGUCAAGCUCUGGAAAAACCGGUCCUGCCCCUUGAAGCAGAAUCCGGCUGUGCAUGGUGCUGAUUUGUGAAGCCCCACCCCCAUGAUGUCACCAAGAAACCUCCCCUGCAAUAGCUGGAACCAUUUUGCACUUUAAGAAGAGUUUCCUUUUUAAAUGAAGAAGGCAGGAAAUGGACAGAUAAAUAGUCUAAUGUUCAUCCGUCCUUUUGUUUUGGGUGGACAGGGGUAGGGAAAGAGACAAGACUGGAAAGCGAGCCAGUUUUUCAAUUCAUUGUUCUUCAUGGCUGCCAUUUCAGCUGCCAAUUCUGAUGGGAAGAUGGGCUCAACCAGAGCUGAGGGAUGAACCAAAAGCUCACUUUUUAUAUUACAUCUGUCUUCACCUUAGUAGUUCAAUAACACCUGGAACUGAGUUCCUGGAGAACUACAGUUUGGCACGACUCUGGCUACUGUGAAGCAAACAAAUACACACAAAGGUAUUUGUCUACAUUUAUCAAUGUCUAUCAUUCUUGAUUUUGGAAGGGAGGGAAAGUAGAUUUGCCAAAUCACACUUAUUCAAAUACUUUUACACCUGCAGUUAAGACUACAAUGAUGUUCUUGUCGUUUUAAUGAAGACUUUCCUUGUGUAUCCUCACACUGCAUGUGCAAAGCAAAACUGCUUCACUUUAUCACUUAGUUGUUGCAAUAUUUAAUCCAACAACAUAAAUUAUAUCUAUAUUUAAGAACAUUGUGUGCAAUAUGAUCUUAUGGUACACACAUAGGGAUUAUUGGAGUGAACCAGAAAACAAUCUGACUUGGGUUUAGCAAUGUUAUUCCCCUUGUUCUGUGGAGAAAAAUCCAUUGCUAUAUAAGACAGACAACAUUUCUAUGUAAGAAAACGAGCAAGAAGUGAAUGUUAUUUAUCAUCAUUUAUUUAAAAUUCAAAACAGAGGAUUCCUCUGGUUAUUGACUGCCAGAAUUGUGGUACUUUCAUUACAGAAAUGUCAAAACUAACAACAAACAUCAAAGCACAAGCUACAUGAAAGAAAUCAAAUGGAGAGACACAGUCUAUAAGCUGACAUUGUUUAUAAUUGUUACAAAAACAGAUAAUCAAUGUACAUUUCAGAUGUCAGAUACUGUAAUGGAUUUAUUAAAGACUGGCUAUCCAGUUAUCUAAAAUUGUUGUGUAAUGUUAUGUAAUUCACAAAAGGAAAGAAGCAAAACAAAACAAAAAUCUUCCAUUCAUAGAAUCAAGUCUAGAAAAAUUUAUGGUUUUAAUUUAAAAGAUAAUUUUUGAAAAAUGCAUAAAUGUAGCAUUUUGGUCAGCAUUGGAGACUAGCAUUUGUCUAUACAUUUGCUUUUCUUAAAAGUUCUGUCCUCUGAAAAAGAAAAUGUCCAUUUUUAAAGGAAAAGCUAAGGAAGAAUGUCUUCUGGCGUUCCUAAUUUGAAAGGGUUCAUUUAUGGGCCAGUAUUGUGGAGAUUUAAUAAAUAUUAAAUUCAAACUUACUGGCCCAAAAAUAGUGGCAACAGUUGUUCUUUUUUUCUUUUUAAAAUAAACAUCUUUCUAAGCACUAGUAAAAAUGAAGACAGUACGGAGUCCUCUGUUUACCUUGAGUUGAAUUUGCCAGGGUCAAUCUUUUGCACAAGCCAUCCUAUAAUGAAUGCGGAUUUAGCCAAGAGAUGUUUUUCUCUUGUGAAAUUCCCAUUUGCUUCAAAUGUGCAAUUGAAAAGUCCCUUGGAGAUCCUUUCCUUUGCUGCUAGUUCAAGUAGCUACCUGAUUUUUUUUCUAAAAAAAUAAAAUAAAUAAAUACUAAUUUCCCUAAGUGCUUGCUUGCAUCUUUAAAAAGAAAUAGCAAAUUUCUAAAACAACCAAAAAAAAAAAAAAACCCUUGUCUUAGAACCUGUUCAUUUUAAUAUUCAGUCUUGAGAUUUUCUUUGAAGAAUUGUUUAAGGUGCCACAAAACAGAUACAUAUUGAAGGUAUUAUUAUGAACUCUAGAUUUGAUGAUUGGGGACAUUCUAUAAACCGAUUCUUCUCCCUGAAGUUACCGUAACUUCUUGUGCUGUCCAUGAUGAAGAUAUGGGGUUAAACAAAUAGAAUCAAGUUAUUUAAUAUUAGCUGUUUGCCUGCAUGUUAUUCCCGAGUUCAUCUACAUCUUAAUGUGGAUGCAUUCGCUAAGCAUGCCGAGUCUCAUUCAUUAAAGGGGAAUUUUUGCUGGAGCAAAGUUGUGAAUUUUGCCCUUUGAGGUUGCAGUGGCCAAAAGAACAUAAUGUAUAGAUGACAUUAAGCACUGGAUUGUUCAUUCUAGUCCUAAACAUCUGUGCCCCCCCCCCACAUGCUUGCAUAAUACUGGAAUCCCUUGAUCAUCUAGUGUCCUUGAGAGCUAUAUUUCCCCAGUGUAAGUCCUCCGUUGCUAGUAAUUAUGCCAUUCAUUUAUUUUGGAAGGGACUCAGUUCUUUUUCUCUUUCACUACCUCUUCACAUUUAAUUUAUUGAACAUGUGUCAAAGGGCAGAAGUAUGUGCGGUUGGGAAUAUACCUAUUACUUUACUUACAAUACUUGAAAUCUGUAAGCUUAAGAAGCGUGAUAGGGAGACGUGGACAAUUUAGCUAACCAUUUCUUAAGAUCUUUUGGUUUUGUAAUUUAUACAGAAUUCAGGAGACAAGACUUUUGUAAAAAUAAUUUUUUUUAAAAAGGGCUAUUCUUUAUUCCCUAUGCAACUCUUUUAACUGUUGUAGUGUUUGACAAAAUGGGAUUUUAAAAAAAAGGCAAAAAAAGCAAGAGAAAAUUCUGCAAAGCAGAAAAAAAAUAAAAGGUCUGUUUACACUGGCGUUUGCUGACUAUCCUACCAUACUCAGCACUUUUAAAUAUUGUUGUGUAUGAAAAUGUAGUUUAAAAUGCAAGACAAAUUAUUUAUAAAGGACAUUCUUUUAAUAAAUACCUGUUUUAUCUGAAAAGUGUUAUUGUGUUAUAAUAUACUUUAUUCAUGUUGGUUAUUAAUUUACCAUUAUGAAUAAAUUUUAAAGGUAUAUUGAUAGAAUUAUAUCUUCGAAGAUGUUUACAGAAACAACCUUUUUUUCUAAAGGAGAAGGUAGCAAGAAAAUAAAAAAGCAAACAACUGCCUCCUCCUACUGUGAAUUUCUCAUAAUGAAAUAAUUUAAGGCUCAUUAUCUGAAAUAACUGUGGAAUUACAUAUUUAUAACACCGCAGUAAAAGUUUCAUUUCCUAUGGUACUCUGCAUAUAUAUACAUAUAUAUAUCUGUCUGUACAUAUUUAUAUGACGUGGAUUCUGGUUUGUUAUGGUGUUUGAGAUACAAGUAUCUCUGGUGCACACAACUAGGUCUAUGUAAUUAGAAAAUAUUGCAUGUAUUCAAUAAUGAGACUUCAUAUUUUCAAUGUUACUAUUUGAUGGUGACCUGUUAACCAGAAGCUAUCUUUAUAAGAUACUUUUACUAUAGUAAGGGAGAUGUCAGUUUGAAAGGCACCUUUCCUGAGGAACCUUAACCAAAUAAAAAUUGUGAGGGUCUGCCAAUAGCCCCUAGAAUUAUGGUACUAGACUUCCUUUUAUGAGUAUUUUGGUCAUGAUAUGGGAGGGGAAAUAAAAUGUCACAUUUGAACUGUUUCCAAAAUUACUAAGUUUGUUGUUGCAGUGAGACUAUGUUACCAUAAGAGCCUAAAUCCUGAAUUUUACUGGAUUUAUAGGUUGGCCUAUUGAGCACUCUGUAUUUUAUAUAUAUUUCCUAGGAAUGAAUGUAUAUUUUAAAUCCAUCUGGCAAAUAGAUGUAGACACCCACACCACGUAACCCUUGUGUCAUUUAAAGAGAUACAAAAAACAAAGGUGGUUGUUGAUGUCAACUUUCUGCAACUAAGAGAAAUAGCCAAAUUUAUCUCAUUCUACUUUUGCAUACCUCAGUUUUCAGUUCUCUGAAAGGAAUAUUGACAGUAUUUUAAAUGACAACAUAAUCUCAUUGCUCUCAGUCAAUUUGCAACAUAUGAGCAGUCAAUGAUUACACUUCUAAAAUGAUUAUUGUGCAUGUACUAUACAAUACUUUUAAUAUAAAUGAAUUGCUUAAUUAUACUUACCACAGGCAGAAAUAGACUGAAGAUGUAUUUACUUCUUGUUUUGGGAUUUUAACGAGAUCACAAAUAUAUAAAAUAAAUAUAAUGCUUUUGAUUAACA